AGCGAAUGUCUGCUUUUGACCGUUUGGGAGACCCCAAGUCAAAGAAGCCUCGGACCUCUGCGUUCGAGCGGCUGCAGGACACUCGGUCGGCCCGAAAAGGCGACUUGAGGGACACGCUCAAGGAGAAGAGAGGGGAGUCCACAGCGACCUCCAAGGUCGGUUCUGAGGAGCGACGGACGACCGUCGGGGAUAAGGGUGCAGCUGAGCUGUGGAAAAUGUACGAACAACUGGAGAAGCGGCUGGACGCCCAAAACCCUUAUCGCCAAGCGGUCUUCAGUGAGGCGUACAACGGGACAACCGAUCCCCAAGACCACCUCGCUCGCUUCGGGGCUAACGUGGUCAUGUAUGCGUACCCAGAAGAAAUCAAGUGUCGAUGUUUCCUGGCGAUGCUGGAAGGGCAGGCUUGUGAGUGGUUCCACAAGUUACCCAAGGGGUCGAUAGAUAAGUGGAGCGACCUGGCCCACAAGUUCUUGGAGCACUUCGCAUCCAGCCGAAGGCAGAAGCUCCCCUUCUCGCAUCUGCUCAAUGUGAGGAUCCGGAAGGGGGAACAGCUCCGGGAAUUUAUUAAUAGGUGGGAGAAGGAGGCUAGGGACGUCCAAGGGGUGGACGACCAGGCCCUGAUCGCUAUGCUCCAAGCUGCACUCCCUCAAGGGGAUGUGCGCAAGGAGCUGCGUCGGAAUCCUCUCUCGACCUACCAAGAGAUGUUGGCCAGGGCGAAGUACUUGGCAUUAGAAGAAGAAGAUGAUGAGCCACCAGUCCGGAAGGAGAAGAAAAACGGGCCACCGGUGGCAGAAGGGAAGAAAAGAAAGGACUAUGGAAAGGGGCCAAACCUCACCGGGUAUCAUGUGAACAGGCAUCCUGUUCAUGCGGUACAGUCGUUACCUGCUCCCCCUCACAGUCGGGAAAGCUAUGGUGUGCAGGAUGCACCCAAAUACUGUGAGUACCACCGUAACAGCACCCACAAUACGUCGGAGUGCAUUACGUUGAAGAAGGAGAUGGACCUGAUCGCUAGAGGGCCACCUCCCCGGACGGAACGACCAUCCUCAGGUAAUCGGACCUGGAGGAGGCCUCCAGCCCCUACAGCAGCGAUCACAGCAGGAGAGGGGCAAGAAGAUGGACGGCGGCACCUAGGACGAGAUUGUGACGACUUAGAUGAAGAGGAAAGGCAAGGUCGCCGACACCUGGGGUGUCGGUUCAUCAUGGGGGGAAACACGGGAGGAGAUUCAGUGUCCUCCCGGAAGAAAUGGAAGAACAUGGUGUACCUGGCCGAGAUUCCUAUUGGAACACUUCUUCGAAGCCCAAAUGCCCCAUCACGGGUCAGCAAGUGGGGGGUGUUCUUGGGGUCUUUCCAGAUAGAGUUCAAGCCGCAACCGGCGAUAAAGGGGCAAGCAUUAGCAGAUUUCGUGGUAGAAUGCACCGCAAGAGAAGUAGGACCUAGCGGAGAGGAACCCGAAGGAAGUUGGUGGACUGUGUACACCGAUGGAUCGUCCGCGACUGAUGCUUCGGGGGGAGGAGUCGUGGUGAUAUCACCAGAAGGGUUCAAAGCUUACUACUCUGUGAGGUUCCGAUUUAAAGUCUCGAACAAUGAGGCCGAGUACGAGGCAUUACUUUGUGGCUUAAGGUUGGCAGCCUCAUUAAGAGCUGAACGGAUCCAAGUCCGGUGUGAUUCUAAGCUCUUAGUAGGCCACGUCACUGGAGAGUUUGAGGCUAAGGAUGAACGAAUGAAGAAGUAUAGAGACACUGCCCUGGAGUUGCUUAAAGCAUUUGGGGCAUACCGGAUAGAGCAGGUCCCUUGGGAAGAGAACGCUGAGGCAGAUAUCUUGUCGAAACUUGGUCCGGAUUCCCCGGAUCAUAUUAAGGCAAUGACCCAAGAAGAAGAGUUGCUCGAGCCAAGCAUCAGUCCCGGCCAGGUGCUGAUCAUCGCACUCAAAAAAAAAGCCGGAUUGGAUUGAUCAGAUUACCAUGUACAUCCUUGACGGGUCGCUACCUGCCGACCCAAUCGCGGCAAAGGUGGUGAAGCGACGUGCACCCGGCUACACGCUGGAGUGCGGUCGUCUGUACAAGCGAUCGUAUAAUGGUACAUUGUUGAGGUGCUUAAGAGCGGGUGAGGCAUAAAAGUUAAUGGAGGAA